AUGCUGGACAGAACUCUUCUCCUCCUCCUCCUCCAUUUUGUCAUGUGUUCUCUCUCCUCUCCUCUCUAUCCAUCACUCAGGUAUACUCCGUUGCCCAUUUCUGGAAAAGCAGUGAGCUUUCAACUACAGGAAAGUGGUCCAGCGCAGAGCCACAAUCUCUCAGUGGAAGAACAGGAGGAAGAGAACUUCCUCACGGACCCUGCUGAGAAAAGGAUACAGCGUCAUGCAGAUGCCAUAUUUACCAACAAUUUCCGGAAAGUCCAGGGCAAGAUCUCAGCCAGGAAGGCCUUACAGGCAAUUUUUGGCAAAAGACAUGGCGAAGGCCGUACAGGAGAUGUGGCGCAUGAAUUCUUGACCAGACGCCAGUCUGACAGCAUCCUUAUGGACAGUGGCUAUCAUGAGCAGAUGGUACUGAGGAAUUUUCUGGGAGCCAUGCUGCAGAACCAAAGGUCUCAAGAUGUCAACAAUGACCAUUUAGAGAAUUUUAUCAGCAUCCUGACAAAGCUCAUGGAAUUGUAA